AUGUCCAGAUUCUCAAAGGUAGAGCAGUCAGACUACUCUGUGCAGGAACCCUUAGUGGGACGUACUGAUUCCCACGACCAAUAUGGAGAGGACCGUCAGGAACUCCAAAGACCACGGGAUACGCACCAGUAUCCUCGAGAAACAAGACAAAUCCUCUUCAUGAUUCUGCACAUCUCAUGUGUAGCCUUCAAUGUCUUGGUCUUUAUUCACUACUUUGGCCUGAUAAGAGCAGAAUCUCGAACAGGCUGGCAGAGUUCUCUCUCUCCUGCUCAGAGUGCCAUCCGGUACGAGCAGAGACUGUUUGAGUUGGGUUCUAUCUACCUGCCGAAUGGAACCUUGAAUCCAACGAAGCCGGGAGAUAUCAUCGGGGACCCGCGUCCUUCACUUGACGACGCUUGGAAUGCGCUGAUGCGUGGUCAAAAUGUUCGUGUUACAAAGGACGAGCUGGGUACGUUCUCCGAAGAUGACAGCCUGAUCGAGCUCGCCGAUGGCUCAGGGUACUACGCCAGCCUCGCCGUUUUCCAUGGUCUCCACUGUGUUCAGCGACUGCAUCACUUCAUACACAAAGACUUCUAUUACGAUGACAUGAGCGACGAUGACCUCCGGCGCCUGAAGCACCACACUGAGCAUUGCUUGGACUGGCUCCGCCAAUCGAUCCAGUGCAAUGGCGACCCGACUCUUCUACUAUACCACUGGGGCACGGAGCAUCCUCUACCCCUCGCAAAGGACGAUGGGAAGCAUCAGUGUGUCGACUGGGACCAUCUGAGGGAAUGGGUCGAUCAACGAACCUUCAAUAUGUUUGAGCCUGGCUUACUCGUCCACCCGAUAUACGGUGAUCCUUUCCAAGGCGACCAUGUGGGCGACAAGGCUGGUAUUAGCGAUGGCGAAUCCUUGUUGCACAGUGGCGGCUCAUGA